GACGUGACAUUAGAGUUAGGAUUAGGAAGUUCAAAAAGAAAGGUUUGUUAGGAAAGCAGGCUGCAGAUCACACUGCCAAUAACUACGUAACAUUUUUAAUAAGUUGUAUAGAAUUAGAAUUAGUUCAUAAUAUUAAA